AUGGUCUCCAGAGAUGCUGCCGGGGUUCAAACUGCAUUGAAGGUUAGCGACCAUGAUGGGUUUCCAAGAGUAGGACUAGGACACAAGAAAUCUCCGCCGCCGCCUAUUACUCCAGAAGAGCAGGUUGGCCGAACGAGAACACCACCUGCCGUGACUCCAAGAAAAGUGUCUAGACCAAAGGUUCACCAUCUGGAAGACCUUGCAAGGCCAGAAAAACGCCCUGCCACAGAAGCAGAGUCGAGAAGCCAGGACUUCUUCGGCUUUGUCAAGGAAUCCGAAAGCCAGGACUUUUUCAUCUUCUUCGAAGAGUCCAAAAGCUGGGAGUUCUGCGUCUUCUUCGAGGAGUCGCUCCCCAAAGGCCAAACCGAAAGCGUUCCUCGAUUCGGAGCACCACAGGAUCAGCCUUCCAGUGGUGCACAAAGGCCCGAGUCUCGACGAUCUCCGGUGCGUGGGCGGCUGUGGGGUUUUGACGUGGGCAAGUAUGGCCAUCAAGUGAAAAGUGCGACGGCCGAUUUCUUCAUGCGCUUGCUUCAUUCUAAACCUGGUGAUGUUCCAUUCGGGAUCUACAAGACAGUCAAGGAUGCGAACGGCAACUUUCAGUCCACGCUGCGACUCACUAACAGAGCUCAAGCAGCUGCCCGUUUAGGUAACAGGGAGUACAAAGGCGAAAUGUGCGGCAGCAAGAUAGAAGCAGAGGUGUCAGCAGCCCGCGUAUUUUGGGAGGAUCCUCGAGUCCAAGAGAGAGCCGAAAAGCUGGAGCCCUCAAAGAAGGCUCGAAAGCACAAGAGACGCUGCGCAGAGCGCAAUGCAGAGCGCAAAGCGCGACGUCCAAAAGGAAGGAAUUCUUCGUCUUCUUUGAGGAGUCCAGAAGCCAGGAAUUCUUCGUCUUCUUUGAGGAGUCGAGAAGCCAGGAAUUCUUCGUCUUCUUUCAGGAGUCGAGAAGCCAGGAAUUCUUCGUCUUCUUUGAGGAGUCGAGAAGCCAGGAAUUCUUCGUCUUCUUCGAGGAGUCGAGAAGCCAGGAAUUCUUCGUCUUCUUCGAGGAAGGCCAAGCCCGAGUCUCGACGAUCUCCGGUGCGUGGGCGGCUGUGGGGUUUUGACGCGAGCAAGUAUGGCCAUCAUGUGAAAAGUGCGACGGUCGAUUUCUUCAUGUGGCUUAGUUGCAUGAUGUUACAAGACACUGAUGACACCAUUAUAUAA